GAAUAUGCCUCCACUGUGCGGCGAGCGGUACAGUCCGGGAAUGUCAACUUGAAGGACAGGCUCACCAUUGAGCUGCACGCGGAUGGGCGCCAUGGGAUUGUCCGCGUAGACCGGGUGCCGCUGGCGGCCAAGCUGGUAGAUCUGCCCUGCAUCAUCGAGAGCUUAAAAACCAUUGACAAGAAAACCUUCUAUAAGACAGCGGAUAUUUGCCAGAUGCUCGUUUGCACUGUGGAUGGUGAUCUCUACCCCCCUUUGGAAGAGCAAACUGUGAGUACUGACCCCAAGGCAAACAAGAAGAAGGAUAAGGACAGAGAGAAGAAAUUCAUCUGGAACCAUGGCAUCACUCUUCCCCUGAAAAACGUACGGAAGAGACGAUUCCGAAAGACAGCUAAGAAGAAGUACAUUGAGUCUCCUGAUGUUGAAAAAGAAGUGAAGCGUCUGCUGAGCACAGAUGCCGAAGCUGUCAGUGUCCGCUGGGAAGUCAUUGCUGAAGAUGAAACAAAAGAAGUAGACAACCACGGUUCACUCACCAGCCUGGACAUCUCCUCCCCAGGGAUGUCAGGACAUAAGCAAGGCCAUGGCUCCUCAGAACAUGAUGAACUGCGGGAGAUAUUUAAUGACAUCAGCAGCAGCAGUGAAGAUGAAGAUGAGAGGGAUCAUCAUGACGACGAAGACCUGAACAUCAUGGACACUGAGGAGGACUUGGAGAGGCAGCUGCAGGACAAGCUGAAUGAGUCUGAUGGGCAGCAACAGGAGAAUGAGGGGUCCAACCAGAUAGUCAUGGGGAUCCAGAAACAGAUUGACAACUUGAAAAGUAAACUGCAGGAGACCCAGGACAGGAGGAAGCGCCAGGAAGAUCUCAUCAUGAAAGUGGAGAACGUAGCCCUCAAGACCCGUCUCCAGGCUGUGCUGGAUGAGUUCAAGCAGCAGGAAGAGCGAGAGAAGCAGCAGAUGAUGUCCCUGCAGGAGCAGCUGGAGUCACUCAUGGAGAAGUGA